AUGGCGCGGCGCCUCCGUUCACUGCCGAAGCUCCUCCGCCUCGCUCCGCCCGCCGGAACCCCGAGCCCCGCCGCCUCCCUCCUCCCUUCCUCCUCCCUCUGCACCGCCCCUCCCCCGCCGGGCCCCGACCCCGCUCAGGAUGCCGCCGCCACCGCCGCCGUCGCCGCCGGAGACGGGGAGCGCCACGAGCAGGUCCGCAGGAUCCGGGUCCUCCUGCAGCAGGGCCGCACCGACACCGCCCGGAGGCAAGUCAGGUCCCUCGUCCUCUCCGGGAAGCUCUUCGCUUCCCCCUCGGACUUGUUCACCCUCUUCUCGCUCUCCUGCCCGCUCCUCAAGGGCAGUUUCUCCGACAUGCUUCUGUCGGUCUACGCCGAUUCCAAGCUGACCCGGGAGGCUUCCGAGGUGUAUGCGCUGAUGAAAGGGGACGGCUUGUUCCCUAGCCUCGGCUCUUUCAACCUCUUGCUCGAGUCGCUGGUGACGAGCAAGCGGUUCGAGGAGGCGCUCGGGUUCUUCGGGGAGAUAUUCGGGUCUGAUGUGAGGCCGGACCGGUUCACGUUUGCGAAGGCCAUUCAGGCCGCGGCGAAAUUGGGGGACUUGAGGAGGGGUUUCGAGUUGAUGGAUGAUAUGAAGAGGAGAGGGAUCAGUCCGAACGCGUUUAUCUACAAUCUGAUGAUCUGCGCGCUUUGCAAAGAGAAGAGGGUAAGGGAUGCAGAGAAGCUGUUUGAUGAAAUGUCUAACAGGAAUGUGGCUGCCACUGUGGUCACUUAUAACUCGUUGAUCGAUGGGUAUUGUAAGAUGGGGGAGAUGGAGAAGGCGUUUGACCUGAGGGGGAGGAUGGAGGGGGAGAAUGUGCAGCCGAAUCUCAUCACGUUCAAUUCGUUGCUUAGUGGCCUGUGCCGAGCGCGGAGGAUGGAGGAGGCAAAGAGAGUGACGGAUGAGAUGGAAGCUCGUGGCCUCGCUGCUGAUGGUUUCACGUACAGCAUUCUUUUCGAUGGGCAUCUUAAGUCUGGCAACGUGGAUGCGUCAUUGGAUCUUUGUGAAGAAGUUAUGGGGAAAGGUGUUAAAAUGAAUAUGUACACGUGUAGCAUCUUGUUGAAUGCUUUGUGCAAAGAAGGGAAGGUGGAGAAGGCUGUGGAGAUUUUGGAUAAGUUGAUCGCGAAUGGACUUGAUCCUGAUGUGGCUGUAUAUAACACACUUGUGAGCGGAUAUUGUCAGAGAAACGAUCUGGAUGGAGCCGUUUCAAUGAUCGAACAAAUGGAAGUUGCUGGGGUGAAGCCCAAUUCUGUUAGCUUCAAUUGCUUGAUCAGCAAGGUAUGCGACAUGAAGAAGAUGGAGAGUGCGGAGUAUUGGGUAAAGAAGAUGUCGGAGAAAGGAGUUUCAGCAAAUGUGGAGACAUUCAACAUUUUGAUUGACGGCUAUGGACGCAUGUGCCAUUUUGAUAGGUGCUUUCAGAUUCUAGAACAAAUGGAAAAUAAUGGUCUAAAACCAAAUGUUGUGAGCUAUGGGUCUCUGAUACAUUGUCUUUGCAACAAUGGUAAGCUCAUUGAGGCUGAAUGCGUCGUUGGAGAUAUGGUAGCUCGAGGGAUUUUGCCAAAUUCACAUAUAUUCAAUAUGUUAAUUGACAGCAGUUGUGCAGCUGGAAAGAUGAAUACUGCCUUCACUUUCUUUCAAGAGAUGCUGAAAAGUGAAAUUGCUCCAACGGUUGUUACUUAUAAUGCUUUGAUUAACGGGUUAUGCAAAAGUGGGAAGCCAAUGGAAGCGGAGAACUUGAUUCCCCGGAUGAUAAGUAAUGGCUAUGCUCCUGAUGUUAUCACAUACAACUCUCUGAUCUCAGGAUAUUCUGGUGUAGGGAAUUCCCAAAAGUGUCUUGAGUUAUAUGAGAAAAUGAAGGCUUUGGGAAUCAGGCCCACUUUAAAAACGUACCAUCCAUUAAUUAGUGGAUGUGGCAAAGAAGGAACGGCUGUUGUGGAUAGACUGCUUGAGGAAAUGUCAGAGAUGAAUUUGGCUGCCGAUCGAUUGGUAUGUAACGAAGUUAUUCGAUGUUAUGUCGAGCAUGGAGAUGUUCAGAGGGCGUUUGCUGUGUACCAUGAUAUGGUAGACAGGGGACUUCAGCCUGACAAAAUGACUUUCAAUAACUUGAUUAGGGGGCGAUUCAAAGAAGGAACUUUGUCGUCAGUGAAUGAUCUUGUUAAUUGCAUGAAGGCCAGUAACUUGUCUCCUAAAGCAGAUACUUACCACGUACUGGUAAAGGGAUAUUGUGAUCAUAAAAAUUUUGCCAGGGCAUAUGAUUGGUAUAGAGAAAUGAUGGAUGAUGGUUUCUCGUUGAAUGACUCCUCAUGCCAUGAGCUCAUUGCUGGCCUCAAACAAGAGGGUAAGUUACAAGAAUCCCAGAUAGUUUGCUCAGAAAUGAGCAACCGGAAUGCCAGUAAUGACGAAAAAAUCUCCCUGGUUGCGAAGAUGUAGUCAAUAAUAAUGAGAAAAAAAUUCAGAUUAUGUAAGUCAAAACAGAUUGGCCUCGAGUUGGAAAUGAAUCAAGUUGUCUGCCUCAACUUCAUCUUUGGAUAAAUCCGCGAAUCAUGGUGGAUUUAGUUCUGUCGAUGUGUAGCUGUUUUUUCUUCUACGUACUAUAUUUAUAAGGACAGCAGGACUUUCCCACAUAAACUCACUCGAUUCCCUUUGAUGUCAAAGUAAAUGGGAUCCCCUAAGACAGAUUGAUGGAUGAUUUUCUUUCUUGAUUUGUCUCCCCUCCUCCAGGGCACUAAAGUGAACAUCUCUGUAUAUGUACUGUAUAUUUGGAAUGAACUACUGAAACUUCAAAUGUAGCUCUGUGACAGCUUACCUUUGAAUUAGAUUCAGUGGCGUCAGUUUAGUUUGCCUUUUGCUUUUGAAGACGUACGGUGGUAUGUGAAGAAAAUUGUCAAAAAAGGGGGGGCACAGCAUGCGGGUGGCAUAUUGCAGCUGGAAACGAGGUGGGAGGAUGGACGGACUUGGCUACUGUGGAAGACAUAUGGACUUAGCAAUCAGCUACCCUAAAAGGCUGGAAGUAUGUGUACCUUUGUAGUCUCAAGGUAAUCAAAACAGGUCACCCUCGCUAGUUUUUCCUAGUUUAUUCCAUUGCAAUGCUCUGUUGAAAGGUUUUUUUUACUGCCUUUUUGGAGAGAUCUGGUAUGUCUUGUUCCAGAAAAUUAGUUUCUAGAAAAACAAAUUGCUUUAUUUGCUUGUGUUCUUGUCCUGUGUCAAUUUAUGCUCUCUCUUUCA